CGAAAGCAGGCCGAGUGAGCGGCGCGAGCUUGGAAAGUGUCUGCGCGCACUCGCAGAGAGAAAGAGAGAGAAGCAGCCGCACUGCUAUACGAGCCGGCGCGGAUAUACUCUGGCGCAGCGGUGUCAGUCGCUUCGCGCGCUUCCACGCGGUCGGAGCCCCUUUCGACUUGUUCGUAUUCAUAUACAAACACAAACACACUUUGUUAUCCCUCUUUGUACGUUUUUACUUUUAUGGAAAUUUAAAUUCGGUGGUAUUGUAUUCUACAUGUACAGAGACUGCGGAUUGUGGUGCGUGAGAAUUUUGUGAGUUGUGCAGGUGCUAUUUUAUAUUGCAAUUGCCAUUGGAAAGAGAACCAGAGGAUACAAUUUUUUUCAUCGUGCAGUCGAAUCUCAACGAGAGGCAGCAGAGAUCAAGCUUGGCAGAGGAGCGAAUAGCGGGAAAGUGGAGUGGCGGCUUUGGCCGUAGGAACAUGACCAUCUCCUGAACAUCGUCCCUGCUGUUUUGAAUUCAGUCAGUUUCGCGAGAGGAAUUGAGAUCGUUGCAGGCCCGCGACGGCCAGAUACGCGACAUCAUGGAGACCGAGGAGCUCACCAAACUCGUCGAUGAUAUCUACAAGAACAUACUGGACAAAUUCAAUCCUGGAGCCAGGCAGCUGAUCAACGCAGGAAAGGCUUACUUGAAGGCACUACACGGCGCCGCAGCAGCAUCCAAGGUCUACGUGGACGCGCUGUCCAGGCUUGCACGGCAGGCUCAGCUUGGUACCUGGGGUGGUUCCCAAGAUGUCGGAUCCGCGCUCAUGAGGAUCGUCGAGGUUUAUAAGGAGAUCCAGGAACAGGAGAUCAACAUCCUGAAGGCGUUCUACGUGGACCUGCUGGUGCCAUUGGAGACGAACCUGGAGAAGGACACGAAAGUCGUUCAGAGCGAGCAGAAGAAGUUCCUGCAGCAGCACAAGACGCGCAGCGAGACCUACAGCAAGGCAGCUGCGACAAUGAAGAAGCAGCGCAAGAAGUCGCGCGGCGCCAGCAAAAGCGGCCUCGCCAUGGACAAAGAGCUCAAGAACAUGCAGAUCCUUGAGGAGGAGAAGUCCAAGCUCGACGCCUUCUGCGAGCAGAGCCUGAAAAAUGCGAUGACGCAGGAAAGGAGACGAUACGGCUUCGUACUGGAGCGGCAGUGCAGCCUAGCUAAACACUACGCGAGCUUCCACGAGGUCGCCCUGGCGGCCCUGCAUCCGUCUGUUGACGAGUGGCGCGAGAUCGCCGCCACCCGCGAGUACCUGCCACAGUCCGUUGAGGACAUGUUCGCCUCGAGAUUAAGGCAAGUGUCGUUCUGGCCGGAGGACGAAGAGAACGGCGGCUCGGAAUUGACGAUGAGCUCGCAGUUGCGCAAGACCCGCAGCAUGGACAGUUCCUGCCUGGAGUUGCGGCUCGGCCCACCUCCGCAGAGCCAGUCGACCAGUGCCGGUCUGGGACACGGAGGACACGGCCAGGGACACACUAGUGGACACAUGUCCGCUGCCCUGUCUCGAGCAAGGUCCGAGGCAAACCUGCACGCCUCCACCCUAUCUCUUGGACCCGAGGUUCCAGAUACUCCGCCACGACCGCGCUCCAUGGCUCCGAUAUCCCGCAACAGCGGCGGUAUCGGCGGUGGUUUGAUCGCGGGAGGCUGGGGUGAGGCGUCCCUCGCCCGAGCACUCUUCGCCUACCUGAGCUCCGGUGAAAACCAGCUCAGCUUUCAUGAGGGUGACCUUAUCGCUCUUAUGGGCGAUCGACAGAAGGGCUGGCAAUUCGGCGAGAAUCUCCGCACCCAGUGCUCCGGAUGGUUCCCCCUGGCCUACACCGAAGUUAUCAUUGACGAAGCGUUAGGAUCACCGAAUCACAGCACGAGCAACGGUCGCGGCGCUGCUCUGGACUCGAAGUCGUCGCUUCCCCCGUGCAAGCCACCCCCGUCACGGCCUCCUAUGCCGAGCAACGGCAGCGACGGCGAGACGGCCCAGACUAACGGCAACGACGCCACGAGCAAUGGCCACAUACUCAAUGGAUCAGCCUCCAAUAGCAGCGGUAGCAACAACAACGGACCGGGCAGUAACGUCCCCAAGAGCAACAGCUCUCACAACAUCGCUGCGCCCACAGGACGACAGUCUAAGGCCAUCCGUCCAACUGGAACGCUGCCGACGAUGCUGAGCGGCGGAGGUGGACGCAGGGUUCAGCCGCCGGUGCCCCCAGUACCGCCGCCCCAGGUCGUCGUCACAUCGCUACACAGCAGCAACGACAGCGGCUUCUCCAACGAGCCGCCCGUCCAGCCGGACAUCGACUACAGCGACGACGAGGCCAUGAGACUGCGACGACGCAAGGCCGCCGACCGACCCAUCAAGCAGCAGAAGCACCAGCACAAGCAGCAGCAGCAACAGCAGUCCUCUAAAAAGGACGAGGGCAAGUUGGUGAGCUCGAGCGAGAGCAAGGAUUGGGAGAACGACUCGUGGAAGACCCUACCGCGCGACGACAAGUCUUGGCACAUCUACCGCAGCAGCAUGACCGAGUACUGGUCAGAUGCCACCAGCGUGAAGAACGAGAAGCCCGGACGCCACGAGUCCGAGGAGCGCAGAAACGCCAGGAACGUCGAGCAAGACUCGUCCAACAGUCCCACGAAGAAGGAGAGGAAGCAGCAGCAGCAGCGUGAACAGAACGAUAGUCAGAAGAACGAGUACGAGAACACCAGAGCCAUCGCCAGAAGCUCCAAGCCCGAGAGGAACGGAAACUUCUCUUCGAACGAAGAUCACGGCACUUCCAACAUAUACAGCAGACGGUCCGAGCGCGAGGAGGAGAGGUCGCGUCACGAGCGUCGAGAGAUCGAGACCGAGGACGACGAAAUCGAGGUGGAAGUCGACGUCGAGGACGAAGAGGAAGAAGAGAGCUACAACGUCACCAUGGAGUACCGCUCGGAGAAGUAUGAGAACAAAAAGUACUACGAGAACCAGCACCAGCAGCACCGCAACGAGGAUAAUCACCGCUCGGACUAUCGGCGCAACGGCGGCGACGAUGACGAGUCCAAGUACAACAACGACAAGAGCAGCGAGAGUGAGUCCUCGCAGUCGUCCGAGUCCGAGGACGAAACCAUCCCGGAAACCGGGCGCAAGGUCGAGCAGAUCGCCCAGAAGCUCGAGCAGACCGCGCAGAAGUACGCGCGCGAACACAGCCCACCCAAGUUCAUCGAGCGUCGCUCCGUCGAGUACAAUAGCAAGACCAGCCUCGACCGGCCACUCAAUAGCAACAACGACGACAGCAAAGCCGGCUACGAGAAGUACGAACGCGAGCAGAUGCGCGUCAACAGUAGCCGAACUGUCCAGCAGCAGCAACAGCCGCAGCAGCAGAGAUCGAGCAACGGUAGCGGCGAUCGAGACCGAGAUCGGUACAACGACAAGUCGUUAGCCUCGUCGCGCCAGUCGACGCUGACCUACGAAAGAGAGAGAUCUUACGAGAAGAAACGAAACGCCGAGCGCUCGUCCAGCAGAGGAUUCGAAAGACCGAGACCGCCCUCGCAAGAGGCGCCCGAGCGACCUACCGAUCAACAGCAACAGCAACAACAGCAGAAGGAGCAACUGCGCUACCGCGAGAGAAGAUACUCCGAGAAGGAGGACAUUUACGGCGAGACGACGACCAUCGGAUUCGCCAACGACUCAUUGCUGGUCGAAAAGGACAGAGGCUACGAAUCCAACUUCGAGACCAAGCUCGAGCGCACCAAGGUGCUGGAGAGACACGGCUACACCAGGAGCACCAGCGAGAGGAACGACACGAACAACAACAGUCUGAAGACCGAGAGAAAGCCUCUGAUGCCGAGACAGAGCACGGCCAUGGGCCACCUCAUCCAGACAGGCCGCGGCCUCGACAUCGAGAACAAGAGCCCGAAGCUGGUCAAAAGAACCAAGAGCUUCUGGCGCUUCCGCCGGGAUUCCGAGGUGCUGGAAGGCAUGGCGCUCUGGCAGCAUCGAUCGCUCGUCGACAUCCCGAAGAUGCUGAAGAAGGACGAGCAUCGAGCUAAGGACGAGCGCACCAAGUCCCGCGACGAGUCCCGCAAAUCCAACAACAGCUCUGAGGGCAGCCCUGACCCAUCGCACCGCAGCCUCGAGCGUAAGAACAGCGGCUCGACGAUCACGAAUGAGCGCAUCAACGGCAUCGAGCACUUGAUCCAGGACGAACCCAAACCGGCCGAGCGCAUGCACCUGCCGGAAAAAUCGACCUCCUCGCUGGAUUACUUCGAGGACCUGCCGACUCCGGCCGAACGACCCAAGAUGUCCGAGCGCUCCGAGUACCGCAGACACCACGAGGAGCCGCAGCAACAGCAGCAGAGGGGCUACUUCGUGGGUAACGUUUCGCGGAAGGCCAUCUUGGAGAACGAGCGCAAACGCAGCAUAGAGGCCAAGAGGAACCUGAUCGUCGCUGAGCUCAAGGAGACCAACCAGGUGAAGCGUAACAACGAGCGGAGGAAGAAAGCUUAUGGCGACGACGACGACGGACUAAUGAUACAGCACUUCACGGAGACAGAGGCCUCGGACGAGGAGUCGACCUACAGCUGCAUCAUCGUCAAGGAUCAGGCAGUCUCGGAGAAGACGCUGCUGCCGAGGACCAAGUUGAGAAGGGACAGCGAGAGAGGCGACAGAAAUAAGAAGACCUGCGGGCCCUGGUACGAUCUUUGGGGCGUCGACCAGUCCGUGAUCAAGAAGAAGAAGAAGAAGCAGCAGUGAUCGAGGCGUCUCGUUGUUAUAGACCUGCGUACCCACAGCCCAGAUUAUUAAUUUACUUUUUAUUUUGCAUUUUUUAUUCUUCAUCAUUUUACCCAUUGAGUUUGUUUAUGUUCAUAACACACCCGACGUGUAUUAUUUUGUAGCUCUAAAUUUUUAUGUACUGCUCGACGCUGAAUGUUCGUAUACGUGUCCACUAGACCCAAUCGCUUUGAUCCGUCUGCAGUUUUGAAAUUUCUUCCAUAUCAUAUUGUAUCUGCGAGCGCAACAAAGCGAAUGGGUCGACAUACCGCUAGCCGCAUCCUACAUAUGUAUUAUCAGUCUGUACGUAGUGAUUCCCUGCUGUUCUCCCGUUCGCUCGCGACGUCGCUUUCGAACUUUGAUCGUCCGCACGCUUGCGUAAGCUCUGUAUACCCAUCCGGCUUUUCGUUAUACGCGCGAUAUAUACUACUGCCUCGAGGCGCUACUUUAUAUCAUUUGCGUAUCGAACCGGCCGAGCGAAAUAUGAAACUUCAGUUUCCGAACUGCUGCCGCGAAUUUGCUCAACCGCGGCGAGGAGCUUGAUAAUCGCCGGGAUGAGGCUUACGGUAAACUGCGCACGCGCCACGUUAAAAGUCCAAGAUCAUUAAUUACACUCGCUUUCGGGGGGGUUAAAGGGUAGAAAAAUCGAGAGAUUAACUUUUACGAAAGGGGCUUUUAAGAGGAUUGUUUCCGGCGCGUUAUAUAAGUCGGUGAGCGAUGAAGCUCGUUUUUUUUUUUAUAUUACGGAGAUUUAUGUUCAAUGUGCUAAAGUACUCGAGAUUUUUUAUAAUGUUGUAUUUUUAAUAUUUUAUAUACGAAUAGUCGUAAGUAUAUAUAUAUAUAUAUAUAUAUAUAUUCUAUAAGAAAGUUGAACAAUAAAUAUUGGUUAUGCAAUGUGUUUAUAUUUUUGUAUACUUAUAUAUCUGUUUAAUACGCUCAACUUGGCCGUACCGCAAUCGCAUCAUCAGAGCUUAUUAAAAUAGAGUCUUGAUAAAAAGAAAAGAAAAUGCUCGACACUCUUGUUUUAUCUCUCGGUCGUUCGGACGAUCGGGCAAACGUCCAGGUAUAUAAUUCCUUCGCACAAGAUCGAGCCGUCGAGGCGUACAGAGCAUGAAGCACGUUUUCCUUUACGAUUAGUGCGCUGAACGCGGGGAGGGGGUCGUUUCGUGUAAAGCUACUCCCUCGCGCCCGCGAGAACACAGCUGCAGUGUGUGACUUUCUUUUCGCAGGAACAACAUUUUCGCGACUGUGAAGCUGCGCAAAACAAAGACCAACGAUCGUUCGGCACCGGCUCUCUCGUAAGACCCACGAGAGCCAGCGGAGAGCGAAAGAGAAGAAGAGAGGGAGAGCGAGAAAAUUCCUUUAUCGCCUAGCGGCACGCAGCGACUCGAGUGGUCGCGCUACUGUACUAUGAUUGCAGUGAGUGAGUCGAUUCGUAAAAGGAUAUAAAGAAAGAAGUAAAAUCAACGAAAAAAAAGCGAGAAACGAGCGAUAGUCGAGGGCGUAAGAGAAUAAAAGCCUUUUUAUACGCGAUCCGCGAGGACUGUGCGCUGUUUAAGAUUGAAUAUCAAAUAAAGUUUGUCAAAGUGUACAGCGAGUUGAGAGUCCGCGAAAGCACGUAGUGCCGGACUCGCCGCAAAGAAAGUAUUUGUACUCGAUAUCCGCGAUGAAUCGAACUAUAAUAUUGUCCCGAGUUCUGGAUGUUAUAGCUCGAUUUUAGGCUCUCUUUUUUCAGCGUUUUAAUCGAAUCAACGACACUGCUGCAGAAGACUAAUCGUUAGCGAAUAAUACCGUAGUGCGACCAUAUGAUUUGUACCCUUUUUUGAAGUAUACCGCAAAUCUAGGUAAGCGAUGACUUCUGCCUUCCGAGCGAGCGUUGAUUGUGCAUUGAAAAUACGUUGACUCGCUCGUCGUCUGUUGUAAGUAAAAACGACUGUUUGAAUAAUUCUUCCCGAGUAUUCUCGCCAUCCAUUGUAGAGGCUGUUUGCUAUAUGAUUAUGACUAUCGAGAGAAAAGUAAGCGUUGUUUUCUAGCAAAUGAGUAUCUACGGUGAUUCGUGUAAAAAAAUUGUACAAAAAAGAUGAAAAAUUUACUAAAUGCUCGCGUAUGAAACUGUAUAAGAUGUGCAUGCUACUUAAUUGUAAUCUCAUUUAUGUACAUAGUACAUAUUUUUUUACUUCAAGCGAAUGCUCUCUCAGAAUUAUUUGAAGAAACGUUUCUCUUACACGAAUUUCUUCACUAGAAUGAAAAAAACAAACAAAUAAAAAGAAAUAAACAGUGUCAAAUUUUACAACCAACGUAAGUACAGCUGUAACGAGGAAGAACUUUUCCAACCGUUUAAGCUUGGUCCGGUAUCCCGAUAAAAAGCAAGCAAGAUCGAAAUCAAAAUACUUUAUACGAACAAAUAAAUAAAUAUCGUUAGAUAGAAUCGUGCACCGUAAGUACUGUACUCCGUUCGAAUCCACAAAAGAAUAGCGACCAUUCCAUCGACGUCCAACGCACUCACACAUCGACUCUCGCGCGUCGCUAAAGUCCGUUCGCGCAGAGAAAAACGCUUCUCCUCAAACCCAGAUAUAGUACGGCCGUCUCGAAAACCGGGUCCAGCGACUCAUCCCUCAGCGUCGCGGGAAAAAGCGCAGUAUAGCGUAGGACGGAUCGAAGAAAGAUCGGCGCUCUAUACCAACGCGCGCAGUCCGCCGCCGCCGCCUCGAAUGGAGAAGUAAUCUUCGCGCGCCCGAUAGAUUGAUAGAGGCGAAACGAAACGGAAAGAGGAAUAAGAUCGGACGUAGAGGAGCUGGCGGAAUACGAGAGAGAACGUCGAGCUAGGAGCGAGAAGGACGUUUAUUCGCGCGCGCGCAUGUACAGAGAGAGCGCACACACGUGGAAGGACUUAUUCGCUUCGGCUUCUUCCGCAGUCGCCGGGGAGAGACGAAACGAGAUGAAAGUUUCAUCGCUGUCAGUCGUAAAAGCGCCUUUACGUCGCUCGCGUCUCUCCCGUAAAAUUUCGAAACUCGACUCGCGCUAGAGUUUACGUUUCGUGACUUUUCACGGGGAGCUUUUCCUAUUCGCCUGUGCGACACGGCGCCGUUUGCCUUUCGUCAAUGGAUUAAUCUGGUAAUGGCUGUUUAGCCGCGGCUGCUUCGAGAUAGAUAAAAAAAGGGUGUGGAUGGGAGUGAGAGAGGGAGGAAAAAAUACGCGCGGUAGGUCUGAGCGCGCGCGUACCUCGAUGAUUUACGGCUCGUUUAAAAUGAUAUGCCCGUAAAAGAUUUAAGGUUUCGGUUUUAUGCGGAUAAUGCCAAUAAAACGGCGUUUAAAGCCCUGGCAGCCGGAGAGAUAUGGCUUGUUGAACGGAUAAAAAAGAAGCUUGCAGCGAUAAGUUUUCUUAAUGCCGGGAAAUAUGUCGCUGGGAAGAUGGCUUUGAUUUCGAAUUGAAAGCCGCUAUUUGAAUUCAAUAUAACUUUGAUUUUUCUCAAAAUAUCAUAGUUUUAUGUCCUAUGAAAAUAACAAAAUGUUAUACUUUUUUCGGCACAAAAAAAUAUUUCAUAAGCGCGUUAUUAAACUAGCGCGCGAGCGCGCUCAUAAAGCUGGGCAAGAAUUUUUCAAUCUCCAGCGUAAAGCUCGCUUUCGCACCAAAAGCAACACCAGCCAGCUCGGCCGCACGAUAAAAUAUAUAAUCUCAAAAAUCUGCGCGAAAAAACAAAAAUACGUCCUCGGCACUCACGCUCUCCGUCCCUCUCGCGCCAGAGAGGGAACUGCUGCAGAGCGGGCUAAGUGCGCGUGAUAAAAGAAAUCCCGACGCGCGCAGAGCUUGAAUUCUGAAAGCCCAUAAAUUUUCCUCGCGCCAAAGACGGAAACGUGCGAGUCCAAAGAACUGCCGGUGCGGUAGCCGCGAGCUCGAAAACUGCCAUAUUCGUCGGACAAAACGUCAAUAAUGCGUCCGGUUAUUUGCCCGAUCGAGGGUGCGCCGCGAGCUUUUUCACCGCGCACGAGUCGUUGGACGCACGCACCGGUUCUAUACGGCUGGGGCUAACAAAAAGCGCGCGAGAGAGCCAGAUGAGGGAGAGCUUUCACCUCUCUUUGGAUAUAUACGCGACGGGUUAAUGAGGAGGGGCGUCCGAGGCAUGAAUGUGAACGAGAGUUUGGCUUCACCUUUUUGUAUACGACAUGAAAUAUGGACUCGCUGUACAGUCGUAUCCUGAUGAUCAGGGCGCGAGUGUUCGCAUUCAGAGUUAUGGGAAAUUACGAGCGAUUGCGGGAAUCAACAACUCCGUUUUUCGGGCAGAUUUUGCGAUCGGCGACGUUGUUAAGGUAAUUCGCUAUAACUCCAUCAACCAUUAAAAAUGCCUUUGCGAUGAAUAUUAUUAUAAUUGAAGCGAUGAUCGUUCGUGUCAUUUUCAAACCGUCAGAGAAAUCCGUCUAUCGAAUCCGUCUUUGCGUCUUCAAAGUAGGACUGCUGCAUAACGAUGCUAAAAUAAAUAACUGCCAUCUACAACGGGAGUCUGGAAAUGACUCGCAGAAGGGUUACUGCGUGCAUGAAGCGGAAGCAAAAUCACGACUGUGUACAGUGUUUCGCGCGGCGGCAGAUGCGACCGUGUAUUGUGUGCGCGCGCGCGCGAGAGAGAGAGAGAGAGAGAGAGAGAGAGAGAGAGAGAGAGAGAGAGAAAAGCAAGAGCAUAAGAGUAAAGGAUUUGUAGUAAUAAACAAGCGCAUACAUUAUUUUACAGCUACUUAAAAAAAAGAGGUUUGGGGUGCCGUUCUUUUGUAUAAGUAUACAAUGCUAGGCUAAGCACCUUAUACAUACGAUUAUAACUCCGCCAAUUCUAGAGAGACACAGAUGAUGUUAAUAUAUGAAUUAUAAAUAAAGAAAAAUAUACAUAUUAUGUGAUAUUGUGCGAUUUAUUUAAUAGGCGAGAGGAAAUAUCGUUGAACAAGUGACAAAAUAAAUGAAGGUUUUCAUAUAAGAGCGACAUAUGAUUCGUCGAAAAGCUGGUGCUCGACCUCAAGAUUGAGUAGGCUAAAAAAGAUGAAAAUUUGGAAAGUUGUUGUAAGAACCAUGUAUACAGGCAUAUACGUUAUUAUAUUAUUGUUAUCAUACUUA